AAGCCAAACUUAGUUCACUGCAUAAAAAGCAAGCUGUCCUUGGUGAUAAAAUGUCCAUCUUUACCCAGAAAGCAUCUGAACGAGCAUUUAUGUUGAUGCAAAAGUGCUUUGCAAGAGCUACCAAGUAAAACUGGAACUCUUGUUUUAUUACUCAGCUGGUGUAAUCUAGAAAACCAAAAACACCUGCGUAACUCCUCAUGUGGUCCAAAAAUCCCGGCCCAGUCAGUUGAAGUGAUUCGCAGUGUUUAUUUCUUUGAAUCUUGAAUAUAUAUUUAAAAUAUCCAUCGGACCGGCGUCUGCGCUCGCGACAUUCGAACACCACAAAAAGCGCGAAUAUCUUUGAAAUUCUAGAACGAAAAGGAUACAUUUUGUGUUCUAGAACUCUUUUAAAAUACAAGGAAAGUUCGACGUUUUCAAACAGACACUGUCUCAAAAUGAGCACAAUACCAAGGACACAAGCUGCCUUCAUCCAGGGAAACCAGAUCACAAUUGAACAUGAGGCCUCCACCUCAGCACUCGUCUACCUUUUCCAAGAAGUUUCAAAGAUAGCCUCCCCCAUCCACAACAGUUUCCUGGACAUCAAUUCACCCUCUAUGUGGCUACAUGACACUUCUAGGCAAGAUUCUUUUAAAGUUAAAAAAGAGAAAGAGGAAGCACAUUCUUUUCAAAUCUUUAAUAGUUCCUGCCAGCACAGUUUGUCUUGCAUGUCCACCUAUAACCAUGUGAAAAAAGUGAAGGAGGAGAGUCACAGCAACAAUGUCACAAAUUUGGUUGAGCCACAUCUGAAAUGCAACAGCCCCUGAAAGUACUUAGCCUAAUCAAUCUGCAGUGUGAGAGGCUUUUGCAUCAAAAAGAUGCGGAGGAGUCAGACCCAAAACCAGUACCAUGUAACACAAAAUUGGACCAUUCAAAAGACGAAUUGUCGACUGCAGCACCAGAUGUAACAGAUCAGGGAAUCGGAGGGGACUGUUUGAGUGUGGAAUGCACUUUAAGAUCAUCUCUUCUAAUCUAUGGGAGACAAGAAAUCCCACAGGGCUGUGUGAAAGACUGCAAUAUGGGCCGCUGUCUUCAGUCACAGAUUGCUGAAAAACCAGACACUUCAGUAUUCAGUGAUUGUUUUUCUUCUGAAAACAAUCAUUUGUAUCACCCCUUCACUGAUCCCUAUGCAUGCCGAAAUGCCCAGCUGACCUUUAACUCAAAUGAAGAUGCAAGUGCAGCUAUGUCAAAGCCAGCACUAACACUAGACCACAAUGCAAACCUUGACACCCAUCUGCCUCCUCUGAGCUCCGUCCUGCCUUCUUCACAAUCAGCAUCACUUUCAUUUAGCAAUGCAGAUAGGUGUCAGUCAUUUGCAAAACAAGGUGACAAAAUCCCAGCAUUUAAACCAGAACUUAGACAUGCUAACAUAGAGGGGAAAUACCCUCAGAUUGCACAACUACAAACCUCAAGUUUUAAUGGAGAAACCAUCCCCUCACCUUCUGCAACAUUAAAACCAGAACACAGGUCUGUGCAGAAGGAGGAAAGUGCUGCUACAUCUACCCAGCAGUGGAGAACCAAGACUCAGAGAAAACAACUUAAUCCCAAAAGAAGUGCUAAUAUACAAGACCCGGACUUUCAGGGAGUGACGUUCAGGAUUGCCACAGAGCUGGACGACAACAGGGAACAAAGUCGGCUCCUCAUAACUUCAAAGUACAGCAAGGAGCUACGCAAGAGUGAGAAAAAACGGAGGCUGAGGACACGGUCACAGAUAUCCCUUAAAACCAGCAGCUCUGAUGAGAGUUCCUGGAUGAGCAGUGGUUCCAAGGGGAAAGUCUGUGCAUCGUGCUGCACCAGGAAGACCCCGAUGUGGAGGGAUGCAGAGGACGGGACCCCACUCUGCAAUGCCUGUGGAAUAAGGUAUAAGAAGUACAGAGUGCGCUGUGUCUACUGCUGGCAUAUCCCUAGGAAAGAGGGCAACUCCAACUCCUGCUGCCUGAAGUGUGGAAACUUUGUGAGGCUGACCACAGCUCAGCGGAAACAAAGCACCUAGGACACGUUACACAGAGCAAAGGUUUUUAUAUCCACAUGUGACAAAGCUCUGUACACAUUUGCACCCAGCAGUGCAAGACAACACUUUUGUCAACUAGAAUUAACCACAGAUGGGAAUGCAUCAGAGUAGAGCAGCAUGCAGCGUCUUAUUUGACUCUGUAUUUAAAUGAGUUUCCCUGCUGUAAGGCUGCACCUCAGGCAAAAGAGACAAGUCCCUUUGUCUCUAUUGCUGCUCUAUAUGCUGUAUACAACAGUAAAGACAUCUCUUAAAAAUAAAAGACAUCCACACUUCCAUCUUUAUUUCACUGAUUCUAUUUUUGCUACCUUCUAACCUCGUUGUAGCAUGUGAGACACUAUUUAACUUAAGGUCUUUAUUUUCUUUGUCAUCGUUUCUAUUUAUGCUAGUUUUUUCCUCUUUUGUUUGUUUGGGUUUUUGCCGGUUUUAUUGAUGCACUGAUUUCCAUAGUGUUGCUGCUUUUUGUUAAAAGAAAAAUACAACGUUCUUGCAUGUGUUGCAUGGAUUCGGAUCUGUAUUAAAUGUUGUAUGAAACAUCU